AUGUCUAAAGCUAGACCGGUGUUGUGUCUGGCUCGUCCUCUGAGUAGGAUUGGGAGCUCGUUCUCUGGUCUCAAGAGUCCCGACGGUCAUCGCCUGCCUUCGACACGGACACGUUUGGUCUCGUUGAUUGGUUUCAUUCUGUGCUUAUUAAUCGGUACUGUGGCCGCAGUGCAGAAGCAGUCACCAAAUAUCCAGAUUAUAAUUUCAAGCAUGCUGGUUGCCCUUGUCAUUUUCCUUUGCUUCCUGGAUAUACUGAAUCGUCGACGGUAUAAUCCUAGGGAUGGGGUUCCCGUAUAUGCUAGGAAUCUAGGGAAUACGGUUUCCACGUCAAUAGUCACGCUGAUUGCCAUCCCUCUGCUGUACAUGUACGCUUGGUAUCCUGCUUUGAACCAAGACGUCAUCACGACCACGAAAGACACUGUGGAUCAUGCAUACUUCCCAUCAAUAACACUUCUCCAACGCGAUGAUUGGACCUCUCAGGGGAUACUUGAUGUUUCUCGAGCUAGGCCUAAAUGCUUCGUCGGCUGGGCAGGGGAGAAUGCGCCGAAUUGCGGACUAAGCGACUCGCAAUCCUUACCUUGCCGGUGUGAGGACCGCUGGGAGGAGAGCAUUGAGAAUUUUACUUGGCAUGGAACCAAGUAUCGGACGUUAACAUUGGUCUCAUCGGAGGCUCUAUUGUGUACAGUGCCUACUACGCUCAUGCUAGCACAGGCCUUUCUGUGGUAUGACUCUAGCAAGGCUAUCAAUGAUUCUUCACGUCUCUUGUCACCUAGCCUCUGGUUGGCCGUGUACGAUCCCACACUCUCGCUCUCCGAAGCUCUAGAGAACGAUUACACGAGACCGAUCCUCGUUAACGCGAACGGAAUGGUGGAGGUAAACUUAGGCCUGAACUAUAGACAAGUUCGCGGGAGGGCUCCGGCAUACGAUUAUGAUAUCUCAUUGUCGACCAUCCCAGCCUUAGACAUGCUCUGCAACAUAGGGUCCGAUUCAGAACCGGCCACAGAGCCUUGCUUUCUGUCGCUAUGGCUUCAAUUUCCAACUUUCGAACGUCAAGUUUCUACUCAGGGAUACGCUAUGAGUUGGGUGGAUGUGGUUGCUUCUGCGGGAUCUUGGCUGUCGUUGUUCCAGAUUAUAAGCUGGAUACUCUCCGGACUUGCCUUGCAGGCAUGA